UGUCCUUCCCACCUCUGUUCUCUGGGCCUGGGAAGGGACCCCAGAACCCUCCCCCAUGGGUCCCUGGCAGGGCCUGCUCCCAGGCCAAGGCAUUCCCCAGCUCCCAGGGGUUCAGGACUUCCGGGGCCUUGAGGUGGGGCUCCUCCAAGUCCUUCCCCAUCCCCCCACCUCGACUGCAGAGAAGAAUUUCCAGUCCAGCAGGAAGCCGGAAAAAGGGCAGUGUGGGUGUGAGCCCCCAGCCAUGCGGCCCUGCAGGUCAGCCCAGGAGAGGAAGGGACCAGUGACUCCCUCCUGAGCCUGCCUCCCACUGCCCAAGGGGCCACAGGGUCCCAAGGAACAUGACUACGGUAGAUCAGACAAGUCAAGGCCUCUCCUCUGCCCCAUCCCCUGUGCAAACCCAAGGCACACCAGGAUUCAUCCAGGAUGUCUGGGACAAGAUUCCCUUACCUCCGUGGCUACUCAUCACCAUCCUUGUGGGAGCUGCCCUGCUGCUGGCCUCCUGUCUGCUCUGCAUUGUCUGCUGCCGCUGCCGCCAGAGGAGAAGGAAGAAAGGGGUAAAGAAUGAGACCGUGGGCCUGGGCAGGGCCUCAAACUCCACCAGUGCCCACCUGGUGCAGCCCGAUGUAGAUGACAUGGAGCUGGGGCUGGAGGACCCGAAGAGGGGCCGGCUGCAGGUGUCCCUGGAGUACAACUUCCAGAGUCAGGAGCUGAAGGUGGGCCUGAAGCAGGCAGCAGAUCUGAAGGCCCCAAAAGCCUCUGGCGUGUCUGACCCCUACGCCAGGAUCUACCUGACCUCAGACCCCCAGAAGAUUCACGAGACCAAAGUGCACCGGCAGACGCUGAGCCCAGUUUUCAAUGAGAGCUGCGCCUUCCAGGUGUCCCAAGCAGAGCUGCCAGAGGCCAUACUGGUGAUCCAGGUCCUGGACUUUCACCGCUUCUCCCCCCACGCCCCUGUGGGGGAGCUUCUACUUCCCCUGGACACAAGUGACCUUCACCACGUCCUGGAGCAGUGGUAUGAGCUGGGGCCACCAGGCCGGGCCCAGCAGGAGCAGAUGGGGGAGCUGUGCGUCUCUCUCCGCUAUGUCCCCAGCACAGGGAGGCUGACGGUGGUGGUGCUGGAGGCUCGAGACCUGCGGCAGGGGCUGGCAGGCUCCUAUGUGAAGGUUCAGCUCCUCCUGAACCGGAAAAAGUGGAAGAAGAGGAAGACGAGUGUGAAGAGAAAUACAUCCAGCCCCUACUUCAACGAAGCCUUCACCUUUCCCGUGCCUUUCAGCCAGAUCCAGAAUGUGGACCUGCUGGUGUCCGUCUGGGGCCACGGCCGCGUGUCGAGGGGGAAGCCCUUGGGGAAGCUCCUCCUGGGCUGCCGAGCCACCGGCCACCAGCUGCAUCACUGGUCGGACAUGCUGGCCCACGCCCGGCGGCCCACAGCCCAGUGGCACAGGCUGCAGUGUUCUGAGGAGGUGGACGAGGCACUCCAGCUAAAGAAGGGCCUGAGGCUCCCUCUGCCCGGCUCCUAGGAGAAGCCCCCUGGGCAGCAGGCACGGAGAGGCAGCUCUGGGGACCUCAGUCUUUCUAAGCUGGAAAAUAGGUAGAAUGGGUCUUUUCCUUACACCACUCCCUCACCAUGGAGGCCGUCCCACAAUAAACAGGAAGCAA